GUCUACUGUAUAUUAUUGAAACACAGAAAGUUCUUGAUCUCAGAAUUAAUUUGAAGGCUUCAUAUAUUAUUGUCCCACAAGAUGGAAUUUUUAGUCCUACAUCAAAUCUGCUUCUUUUGGACCUUGGUCAUCUUAAGGUGACAAGUAAAAGUCGUUCUGAAUUACCAGAUGUGAAACAAGGUGAGGCCAAUCUUAAAGAGAUAAUGGAUAUAGCUUAUGAUUCCUUUGAUAUUCAACUUACAAGCAUACAGCUGCUUUACAGUAGAGUUGGUGAUAAUUGGAGAGAAGCACGAAAACUCAAUGUAUCUACCCAGCAUAUUUUGGUACCCAUGCACUUCAAUUUGGAACUGUCUAAGGCCAUGGUUUUCAUGGAUGUAAGGAUGCCCAAAUUCAAGAUUUUUGGAAAGUUACCUCUUAUUUCUUUACGAAUCUCAGAUAAAAAACUACAAGGGAUUAUGGAAUUGGUUGAAAGCAUUCCAAAACCUGAACCAGUAACUGAAGUAUCUGCCCCUGUCAAAUCAUUCCAG